AUAUAUUAAAUGAAUUAUCAUAAUUUGGUCUGCCGUAAGAUCACGUAAAAUGUAGGUUGUUUCUACUCCAUUAACCCCACUGAUGUCUUAGUGUGGGCUCAAUUGACAGGCUUCCUAACAGUUUGGCAGGGGUUGGAUUUAACAGGCACCCGUCGGUUGUGUGGAAGAAGUAUAAUUUCGUGUUUUACUCACGGUAUAAGUAUGGCUCGACAUCUACCUUUCGGAACUCUACUGUUUUCUCGUACUACUCCUUCAUCAAAGACACUAAAACCUCAUAUCGCUUCCCACGGGCCCCCGUCUCUGACAACAUCCCAAUUAGCGUGUGUCCAUGUUUGUCCUGAGACUGGAGCAGAGAAGGGCGAUGCAUAUGCCAUUAAGAAGAAUGUUGUACGAGUCAAAAAGAGUCUGAAAUCAAUGGACGAGAUUCCAGGACCAAAAGGCAUUAAAGGGUUGCCCUUAUUAGGAACAAUAUUAGCAAUGAAACCAUUCACCAAUCAUACAACAUCAAAGUUCCAUCUAUUGUUCCAAGAGCUUAACGCAAAGUAUGGGAAGAUAGUCCUGUUUCCUAUGGGUAUGAAAAAGAGCGUCUUACUCUUUGAUCCGGAUUUGAUUGAUGCAGUCAUAUCCCAGGAAGGACUUUACCCCUGCCGUACGUCCCUUCCUAUUUUGGAUGCAUAUGUUUCCCGACGGGGAGUGGACCUUAUCAGCACAAGACAGGGUGAUAGUUGGUAUCGGAUACGCCGGCCGUUACAACAGGGUCUAUCACCACGGACAAUAGGAAGCAACCUCUUGGACCACUUCCGUUGUGGGGAGGACCUUGUAACAGCGCUUGGACAUUUGACCACUAGUAACGGACAGCUGAAUGGAUCUUUCAUGAAACGUCUAUUGAUGCAAUAUGUUCUUGAAGCUACAGCUUUGAUAACUUUCAACACCAGAUUGGAUAUAUUAGGGAGAAGUGGUAACGAGGAACACGAUGAGUUUCUCGGUGACUUAGACGAGGUCUUCAGUUUGAUGUCAAAGUCGUUGUUUACUUUACCACUGGUGAAGUGGUAUCGGACACCCAUGUACAUUCGGUUUGAAUCAGCGAUGGAUAAAGUGAGAAGUUUUUGCACAAAGAAAAUUUCACUGGCGAGAGAAGAGCUGAUAAGCAGACCAAUGUCUGAUAAUCUCCUUGGAUACCUGUCACGUGAUCAAAAUAUGGCGGACGACGAGAUCAUAUCCGUGAUGAGCAGCAUACUAUUUGGUGGAGUGGAAAUGGUAUAUCUAGAGCGGUUAUAUCCAUCAUACAAAUUCGUGUCCGUUAUGAAAGCGGUGUAAUUAUCAUAUUGUUUCUUUAUUAGAGCCGUUUGUUAAUGCAAAAUGUCUUC